AGGAGUGCUUGAAACAUCAAUAACCUAGCAAUCAAGAGUAGUAGCAGAAAAAGCAGCAGCAGCACAGCAAUAAGAGCAGAAAAACCUUACCACUAAUCGUCGCUCACACGAAAAUUUUCGCUUUGGCCCAUGUACAGAUACAAAAAUGGUGAAAACAGUGUUGUUACCGCAAAAUACUAGUAUAUUUGAGAUAUCAAACCAUGACCGAGGCAUAUGAAGAUGAUUUCUUAGUUAGAGUACGCGCACAAGUUAUGGCCAGAGAUGAAAGUACUGAAGGUUGGUUACCACUGCAAGGCGGUGGUCUGGCAAAUGUCUCGAUACGCAAACGUGCACGACUGCCACCGGACGGUGGCGGUCACGAAUACAUCAUAUACGGACAAAGAAUAUCAGACCAAACAGUUAUACUAAGUUGUGUUAUUAAUAGAGAUUUGCAGUACUUCAAAGUGAUGCCUACGUUUCAUCACUGGCGCGCGGGCAAGCAGCGGAAUGGACUCACCUUCCAGACUGCGGCCGACGCGAGAGCUUUCGACAAAGGAAUCAUCCGUGCCUACGAUGAUCUUAUUGAUGGACUGGAUGAUUAUACGACGCACAACAAAUACCACGAUGUCGAUAAAGUUGGCGAAGACGACGUGUUUAUGACAUUGGAUCUACCAGUAGAACCUUCUGAAUCGCGAUCAAAUUCUGAAGGCAGUGGAAGUCACCAGAGCGUCGAUAAACAAUCACAGCAGCAAUCCAGUAUUCAAUACAUAUCGAGCGAUAAACCAUCAUCUCUCAUAAAGUCCGGUGAUGAAAAAGUUACUCCACUAGUACCUGGUGACAACUAUUCGUACGUUCAGAUCACUGAUCCGGCAGACAUCAAGUUAAAAUACAACUUUUAUAACUUGAAGGUGCACGAAUUCAACUACCCGGUCGUUGAGGAACCUGGAUCGAUAAUCGGUGGACGGCGAGACUCGACAUCUAGUCUGAAAAAGCGGAACGCCCUCGAUGCGCCACCGAUGAAGGAGACCACGCUCAUCAAAACUCGAUUGCGCUGCAGAUAUUGCCAAGAAUUCUACAAUGACGAUCGCAACUACAAAGGCUCGUGCGAUUAUGCGCCAGACUGCUUCAGGACCACCAUCGAGAACAUGUCCGGAAUGUUAUGUGCGCAGUGUAUGCUGUAUCACUGUAUGAAGGACUCGGAGGGGGAAACGGCACCCCAUCCGUGCUCGUGCUCUGCGGAAGCAGGAUGUACAAAACGGUGGAUCGGUUUGGCGCUGUUAUCGCUUCUGGUGCCCUGUCUAUGGUGCUACCCACCGCUACGGGCGUGUCACUGGAUGUGCGUUUCGUGUCGACUCUGCGGUGGGAAACAUAAACCACAAAUUUGACAUCCGAUCAAAAUCAUCAACCUGACAAGUAUUAACCGGUUCGACUGAUAGUCAUUGAGCAUCUCUCAACAUCCGCUCUGAAUAGCAAACUAGGAAACAAGGGAUAACAGUACAGCAUGUGUGCGAACAAAAUUACUUAGGAAAGGCAUGGAGCAAAAAGGUAAGCGGAAAUACAACCAAAGCGAUAGAAAAGUAGAAAAACUGAAAGAGCAUAAAACAGUAGCCUGAAACAAAAAAGCAAACAUCCCGGUACAUAACUAAACAAUAAAUAAAACAGAAAACUGAUAUCGCUACAUGUAGAAAAGAAGUAAACAAAUCCAGUAAAACACAUACACAAAACAUUCGUUGAUGUCUAUAAAUCUAUAGCUAAACCAAAAAAACAGAGACCCUAAAAGGAUUUAAAGUAUGAAAAGAACUAGCGAAAAAAAUCGAAAUCAAAUACAUGCAAAGGGGUCACUUGCUUUUGAGGGCGAUUUUCGUUCGGCGCCCUCCGUAGAGACGCAUGACGUGUGGGAAAGGAUGAACCAAAUCUGCAAUAAUAACACAACAUCAGGAGAAGCAGAAAACAACAGCAACGGCCGGAACAUCAGCCAACGACAGAAGCAGCUAGACAACGUCAUCAUGUCAUAUAACUAACUGUCGAUAAGAUCGAAGAAGAUACGAUUGAGGGUUACUCUAUCUUAUUCAAUCAUAAAAUUUAUGGUUGGUGCUGAUGACUAUAUGUGUGAAAACUAAAGGAAAUGGUGCAGCGCUACAAAGCAAAAUGAAUAAUAUAUAUUCUUGUUUCGUUAUUGUAGCAAGCAGAUGAACAAACUAAGAAAAUGUGUGCUAUACUAAAACAAGGGAAGCAGUUUUUUGUUUUACCUAGUUUUAUUUCAUUUUCUCAAGGUAUUAUACUGUUUAGUUCAAAUAACGUUUAGAUGAUGAUAAUAUCUGAUGUGUACAUUAUUAUAAUUGAUAGAGGUAAAGUAGUAGAGGGGUCAUUAUUUUUUUAUGAAUUACUAGAGCGUAAGACCCGUUGUUUGAAAUUUUAUUAGUUUGAGCAGCUCUUGUAGAGAAUUGAGAACCACGAGAAAAAAAAUCUAUCGUUCAACUAUAUAGUAUAUGAUAACUGUUCAGAUCGUUUCUAAACUCCGAGCUAAAAAAUUAGUUCAACGUUAAUGUAUUUGUUGAAUAUUUACUAGUUUUAUCCAGUUUUUAUUUGUGGAUGAUAAAUAACGGCUGAGAGAAAUUAUCGGAUAAGAAGUAAAAUAUGAACGCUAUAGUUAUGUAUUUAGAUAUAUAACAGUGUAUAUUAUAACAGCAGUACAUAAAAAAGAGCGGUUUAAGGAGGUGAAUUCUACAUUAUAAGAUUUAAUAGCGCAUAACUCUAACCAGUAUAGCAAGAAUCGUGUAAAACCAAAUCUGCUUACAUUUCUGGUCUCCCAUUGCUGGAUGCCGAGCUGUGCUCGACAUUUCAGGAUUUCGAUCCGAACUAUACUGAUGGCACCUUGUCGAGACGCGUAUACUUCUGUAUCAGAAGGAACCUGUUAAUCUGUAUAAGGCAUCCUGAGCAUUCGCAACACUUCAAAAUUUUUGUCAUUUGAAAGGGCGUUCUUUGAACCUUGAACUUUUCUGUGCCAUAUGGAUGCCUCUCGAGAUCAACGGUUCUACAAAUUUACGGCAACAUUUCGUGCCCUCAGUAUAGCUGCAUUUCGAAUUGUCAGGGAGACCUGAUCAUGAUGAAUCAUAGUGUCAAUAAUCAGUGGAGAAAUAAGUACACAGUGUAUUUAAUUUAUCAUUAUCAUCAGUCAGGUCCCGGAAGAUCUGAGUUUAUGUUAGAAGGGGCAUACAAUCGGUGAAUAACCAAAGGUCCGCGUGACAGCCGCAAUGGGCUCUGCGGUUGUCAAACAUGACCUUUAACACAUCAUAUUUGUCGAACACAAACGUGAAUAUUAGUUACAAGAUGUUAAACAAAUGAAAAAAAAACAAACAAUAUAUUAUACAUCCACACAAAAUCUCACACCUACAUCUAUGUUUUAACAUAAAACAUGUCUUGCAAAAUACGUAAGACGCUUAUAAAGAUUUAUAAAAUUGAAAAAUAAUAUUCAACAGCAGAAAUAAUUCAUCAACACGAAAACAAGACAUGAACCUGCUACGAAAACAUAAAAACUUAUGCACGUUGAUUGCAUUGAAAAAGCGACCCACAAUUAGUACCAAAAACCUACCCAUGUGAAUAUUUUGAUUUCAUUUUGUAGGAGUAAAUGUAGAUAUCAAUCUCUAAGUUCGAACACGCAUACACCACCAUACAGUUUCAUCUCUGUUCCAAGUUAAUCUCCCAUAAAAAAUACACAAUCAAAUCAGCUGAAUAUAUUUGAGAAUAUAAAACAGAUAAAACGCUUUGUAAUGAUAUGGAAACUGUAGACAUUAGAAAUAAUUUUCACAGACUAACAUCAAUGAAUACAAUCGUUUUUUGUUCUACGUAAACGCUUACAGCUCUCCAGGCAGCAUUGAACCACUUCAGUUCAGACUUAUUUAUUUCCGUCAAGCUCAUAUUGAUAAGAAAAGUUUAAACAUUCGACUUUUGUUCCAAAUUUGUUACGCAAUUUUCUCCGUUUUGAUUUUUAAUGUUUAGUUUUGGUCGGUAAUGUCCUCAAUGAAUGAUUCAAAAAAUAAAAUGGAUGGACAUUCAACGUGUUAAGUGCGAGACGAAAAUUGUAACGUAAAGUUUGUUUAACAUGGAAAAUAAAGAUAAAUAAAAUAAUAAAUUAAAAAUGCAGAAUACAGAGAAAAACUAAAAGAGAGAUCAAAGAAAUGAUAUUUGUAAAAAGCAAAUAUUUAUAAUUCAAAUAAAUGAAAGAAAAAAGGAAAUUAAUAAUAAUAA